CCACGCAACCGACGUGAUCCGCAUCAAAGCUCUGAUGCGUUACGGAGGUUACUACUUUGACCGAGACGUGUUCGUGAUUCAAUCCCUGCGACGCUUCCUGCGAUACGAGGCAACCAUCAACUUCGAGCCCGGCAACGCCAUGGGAAACAUGAUGAUGUUCUUUCACAAGGAUUCGCGCUUCCUUCGGCUCUACCUGGAGACCUACCGCCAGUUCAACGACUCACUUUGGUAUUACAACGCCGGCCAGCUGCCCACCAAAGCUGUACUCACUACGCACCCGCAUCUUGUCCACCGAAUGCAGUACGGCAUCGAAGGCGGACUGGACAUGCUAGGCGUUCUGUACGAGCCUCACGCCUACCCGUACUGGCGGAACGCCUUUACCAUCCACCUGUACACGUUUCACCGCGGGGAGUCACCAUACGAUCCACUGCACGCGGCUACGUUUAACGAAACCAACAUCCGGGACCUCGACAAUGCCUUCGGACAGAUGGCGCGCUCGGUUCUGUUCGGAACCUCCGCCUUCGUGCCCCUGGACGCCCCCGUGCUGAGCGUCGCCGAGCUCGCGGCUAGAAAGGACCGGGGCGAAGACCUCACCAGCAUGCGCCCAGGAAAUGAGCUGCCAUUUUAUUACCCUGUGAUCAACACCACCAAGUUUAAGCGCCAUCACUGA